AUGGGACUUAAUGCUAAAUUCAUUCAAGUUAUCGGAAACGUAGGAUAUCAUCUGUUGAACUUCCUCGAUGGAGUAGAUGCAGUCAAUUACCUUGAAGUUGUACGAACAUAUCUUCAAUUUCGUUCAUUAGCAAUAGUCUCUGACUAUGAGUUUCUUAAGAUUCUGAAGAUGUUUGAUCAUCAUCAACCAAUUAUUGUUGCAAAAGAAAUGUAUCAACAUUAUUUACAUGAAUGCGACGUCGUUGACUGUCGAUUGGUUCCAUUUGAACAACGUGAUCUAUUAUUGAAACAACCAACACAACGUCUCUUUGUACAUCAAUCUUUUAGUAUUGAAGCGUUUAAUCAAUUAUCUAAAACAUAUUUAACACCAAUUUUUCAAUGCUAUUCACGUUUACUUUCUUUCAAUACUGAUUUCUAUUGUUCAAACUAUGGACUGAUUAAUUACGAAUUUUAUGCUCAAACGAUCGGCUCAAAUAGGGAUUUAAAUGAUCAUGAGAAAAAAUUUUUCAAGCCUAGCACAUUUUUUCAAAUGCGUAAUGAUCCAAAUUAUCAAGUGAAUCUUACAUUUGUCAGCAAUUUCAAUGAGUUUCGUAAAAAUUUUGACAAUCGCUUCUCAUCAGUUCAUUGGAUUGAUGCUAUUGAUUUUUCAAAAUUUUUAAUUGUUGGAGGUAGUGUAAUUAACGCAUUGUGUCAAUCACCAUUUAUAGAUACUCGAGAACAAGAUAUUAAUUUAAUAUACCCAUCAGCAUAUCCCAUUGAAUUUGAAGCAGCCGUGAUGAAAUGCAUUGAUGUUUUGCAAAACAUUACAUCACAGUACUCAAAACAUCAAAUAAUUAUAGAGAAAACACCUGGUAAACUUCGAUUUGACAUCCAUUUACCCUGUGGUGUCAAGCUUAAUUUUUUGUAUAUCACUUGCCUCGAACAUCGCAACAAUUCGCUUUCUUCAAUCCUUGAUGGUUUUGAUAUAGAUUUAUGCCAAAUUGCAUAUACAGGUAGUUAA